AUGUCCUCCAACGGCCAAGAGUCAAUGCAGAAUCCCGACGGGAUAGACAACAAGCUCAGCGAAGAAAACCUGAAGAGAGUGCCAGACGAGAGCGGCCGCGGCGCUGAGCGAUUCGCCGAGUUGUCCUCGGAGGAUUCACCAUACUUUGCUCGUGCAGCAAUGGAGAAUCGUUCAGAGCACUUGAACCAGCUGAAAAGUCAAUUGGACGCAACGGACGAGCUUCUGAGGAAGUGA